AUGUCGUUUGGGUUUUCGGUCGGCGAUAUAAUUUCGGUAGGGCAGCUUGCGUUACAACUUUACAACUGUCUCGCCGGAAACAUCGAUGAAGAGUGUAGAACACUUGGCGCCUCACUUAUGUCCCUUCAAAGAUCAAUCAAGAUAGCGUCGGAAGUUUUCUCGCGCAAAUCGGAUGAAGAUGGCACUUUAUUUGACACUACCAUAAGGGACGGGGUUCUCGAUGAGCUCCACAUCCUUAAGAAAAUUCUAAAUACCUACCUAUCGGCUUACAACAAAUACUUUGAAAGUGCAAACGUCGAAAAAAAUGUUCGCAAAACCAAGGAUAAGUGGAGGAUCAUCAAAUGGGGCUUGAGUCAUGAGGGUGUUGCAAGAGAAAUUGUUGGGUCAACUCUGCUUUUCCACAUCACUACCUUCCAGUCAUACAUUAUGGAAGUAAUAUUUCAGGCUGUCUUUCAAACGGAUAAGCACGUACAAGAAGGCGUUGAGAAAGUUAAGGAUGUUAAAGAUUCGGUCGUGAGAGGCUUUGAGGGGGUCGGUUCAGAGUUUAAGACGAUGAAGGAGAGAUUGGACAAGGCGGAUAGUCGUUUUUCAGAACUUUCUAAGGAAGUUGCAACCGCUGUUUCUGAGCGAACACCAACCUUAUUGAAUCUACCUGUCGUAAACAUAGAACUCGAACGCUUAUAUUUGAGUCUCUUUGAGGCUUAG